AUGCUGGGCGGUGCGGGGCCUCCGUCCUCAACUAUUCCUCAAGCUCUGGAAGGGAACUGGGUUUCCGCAGUCAGCUUGACGCGCCGCAUGCCGCCGAAAUUCAUCGACCGAACAAUCGCAGGAAUUCAGCACCUCUGUCCUCGGCUCCGCGUCGAGCUCCUCACGCGCGUCGACCGCAGACUCGGCAUCUGCUUCGAUCCCGAGGCUCGAAAAUACUUUGUUGCGUGCGGGUACAAUCAGCACGGCUCAGCGUUUCGGUCGCCAUGGAGCAACACCUACAUCGAGAAGGACUCAGCGGGACCCGCAGCCCCCCGGCGUUUCAAGCCAGCCGACAAUCUGCGCCACUUGGAAAGCGCCUACAACCAAAUUUUCGACGCAUACCGCCACACCUACUACGAGGGCGGCGUGUCUUCUGUGUACCUGUGGUCGCUACCUAGCGAAGACGGGUUCGCAGCGGCUUUCGUCUUGCGGCACGCUCUGGAUGGCGGCGCGAGCGGAGAUGGGCCGCGAGGUUGCUGGGAGUCGACGCACGUGGCUGAAGUGACGCAGUCUAUUUCGAACGUUUACUACCGCCUGACCUCCACGGUGAUCUUGAGCGUAAAACCGCCGCGGGGCUCGAACGCUCACUUUUACGGCGGCGCGAUGAUGACUCGCACGAGCGAGCAGUCGCAGAAGGCUGAGAUCAACGCGUCGCCGGAUUCUCCGCCGCACAUCGGUGUCAUUGGUCCGAUGAUUGAGACGAUGGAGGAAAGCAUGCGGACUGCGCUGGAAAGAUGCUACUUUGCGAAGGCCUUUGCGGUGAGUUUUUGA